AUGGCAGGGGGACAAAAAAAAACUGUGAAAGCCCUUGUAGACGAAGAUUUAAUCCCAUAUCGAAAGCAAGUGAUUCCCGGAUAUUUUGAUAAUAUCCCAGUAUAUAUUGUUCACAGAGAUCAGAUAUUGAAUCCUGAUAAUUUAAAUGUGAAGAAAGUGGAAUGUAACAAAAAGAUGUCGGAAGAGGAGAAACGGCUCCGAAUUGUCAUAAUUACUGAAAUUGCUGCUACAUUUUAUAGAAUCAAUCAAACAUUCCUGAAUCAUGGUAAGAAUGAAGAUGAUCGAUAUUUAUCUAGUAUACGAGAUGAUGCUGGGCAAGUCAGUAUGAAUCAAGUGGCUAAAUUGUUUGGUACUUAUGAUUAUAUGAUAGUUGAUCGUAUUAUGAAUCCUACGUUUGAUUUCAUUAAGCAUAUUUUGAAAUCUGAGAAGGUGAAGAAUUCUAGGAGGGAGAAUCGGGGUAAAGUAUUUGAUGAUCAUGAUGUAACGAUUAUUUCUGAUAUGAUUAAAAAGGCUUAUCCUCGUAGUGGUAAAGUAUUUCCUCGUAGGACAGAUUUUGAAGCAAUUUGUCGAAGGUAUUUAUUUCACAAGAGGGUAUUCAAAAAUGAUAAAUAUAAAGAGGUAAACGGACAAAUCUUAGAGAAUAUAAAGAUGCAACUUAUUCAAACCCCGGCGGAGACAUAUCGUACGAGGGUACUAAGAUAUGCACUUGAUUUAUUUGAAAUGGAGGAAUUGGACGGUGUGAUAGGUGAUAAAACAGACCUUGAUAAAUUUGAUAUCAACUUACACUCAGAUGCUAUCAAGAUAAUAACAGAUAUUCAAACAGAGGUAAAUGUAAGUCGAAGGCUAACAUGUAAUAGUACGACGAUAUAUGAAGUAGGAAGAGUCUUAGCAACUCGAUUGCCAUAUUUAAACAUCCAAAAAUAUUUUGCUCGAAAAACAGAAGAUCAGCCAGAUACUGCUUCUGGUAUCAAUGGGACACGAGGUGGCGGCGACGCCAGUAAUAACUAUGCUGAGGAUGAAGAAAGCAAUGAGAGCGACUUAGAAGGUAAUAUUAAUAAUGAGAAUUACCAAGAGAGCGAUAAUGAGAGUGAGUAUGAAAAGUAUGCUAAUAAAACUAAGAGUGUUAACGUUUGUGUCGAUUAUUUCCCUGCGUUGUGCGGCGACGAGUAUCUAUCCGUUAGGGAGCGUACGGGUCGAUGGGGCACCAAAAGAAGAAACCGAAAACGCAGAAGAAGAUAA